GGUACUUAGGUACUUGAAUGCUUGACUAACACGUACCUGCUUGCACUGUAGAGGAGUAAAAUGAAGUAACGGGCGGCGAGAAUACUUUGGUAGGUACUUAGAAAAACACAGUGUCAGGUCACGAGGGACUAGAUUAAUUCCGAUACGCAUCAGCCCAAUAAAAUGUGGAACUUGCCGCCGCCUCCGCCUCCGCCUCUUUUUCCCCUUCCCACUGCCACCUGGGUCCUGCACCACCACACUUUGACGCUCCCCCCAAGCACUUUUUUUUCCUGCUCAUCCACAACCUACCAUCUCGUCUUUGCGGCUCAGUCGUCGUCCACUUACACAGUUGACCUUCUCAUUCUUUACCUGCACUACGAGGGCAAUUGUCUUCUGCAACCUAUCUUUUUUUCGGUGAAAAAGGGGACAAUUUAAUUCUUUCGCAUAACGAAAUUUUUAAACUUGUAAUAAAGAAAGAAAAAAAUUUAGUCAAAAAAAAAAAAGAUCAGCAACCCGGACGCGGCGAAGCGCGAUCAUCAACAACACCAUCAACUCAUAGCAGCAGCCACGACCUCCAGCCACACCGUUUAGCCAUAUUGUUCGUCGAGCUCAACGAUGCGUCGCUGAUGCGCCUACCCUUCUAUCGCGUCUCUUCUAAGUCGAUUUCAAUUAAUUUCUCGUAGGGAUUUCAAUCGCGUUCUUCGUGAUAAAUUACCUGAACUCAUGGCGUCCGAGAAAGGUCCUGUCGCGACGGAAGCCCCGCCCUUCUCAGCCUCUCCUUCGCAACCUACUCUUUCUUCGGAACCCGUGUCCGUGGAGACCUUGACCGCCGAAGCCGCUCGUGCGACACAGUCUCUGAAGAGACAACGGGAAUCAUCGCCAGUCUCGCCGUCUACGGCCUUGUCCGCUCUGCAUAGAGAGCUUUCACCGUCUAAAUCAGCUAGGCUGAUCGGUAUAUCGUCGAGGUACUCCCCUGCGCCCUUAACUGGAGCUGCAGCUAUCGAAGACGAACGGAAUAGGGAAGAUGAGCAGUACAAGCUCCAGGUUUCUGGGGCUAGCGACAAUCCUGCAUUUAAAGCUCAAUCUGCGCUCCUGUCUGCGAGCGCUCUAGCUAUGAGUCGACCUCAGGAAGCUCCUCAGGACGCGCCGCAAGAGAUACCUCAGGAUAUCAGUCAUGAUGUGCCUCGGGAUGUUUCCCAGAAUGUUCCUCAAGACGUCCCACAAGACGCUCCUCAGCCAGACGAUGCGCAACCGACAACCGCACCCCCUCCUGUGUCUAUACCACUCCCCGACGCUCCGGAAGCAGAACCUAAACCCGAUAAUAUUAGUCCUCAGAGUACGACGAGUUUGGGUAGCUUAGCUGGCGGAUCUGGCGGACCCGUGACAACUAGUCCUGGACCUAUGGAGAUUGACGGACGUAGUGACCGGUCUGGCUUUGGAGCACAGCCACCGGCUUCAAUGGAAGAAAAAAAUGUCACUUCACUCUCGUACCCUGGUAUACUACCACCUGCAAACAUGCCUGCUCCUCCGACCCGGGGAAUGAGUAUGCCAAUGACGCCAAACCAACAGGUGGCACCUCGUUCACCAAACUCAAAGAAACAUAAAUGUCCAUAUUGCGAGACAGAAUUUACGCGCCAUCACAAUCUAAAGAGCCAUCUUCUCACACAUAGCCAAGAGAAACCGUAUGUUUGUCAAACGUGCUCAAUGCGCUUCCGUCGUCUACACGAUCUUAAGCGUCACACUAAACUACAUACUGGGGAAAAACCUCAUGUGUGCCCAAAAUGCGACAGAAAGUUUGCGCGUGGUGAUGCUCUAGCACGGCAUAGCAAAGGUCCCGGCGGUUGUGUAGGUCGGCGAAGUAGCUUAGGCAGUUUUCUCGGUGACGAAGAGGUCGAAGGUUCCAGUCAUAUUGAGGGUGAUGACUCUGCAAUGUCCGGAGUCGUAUAUGAAGGUAGUAAUGAUGCCGAUUUGACGGAAGAAGAACGGCGACGUCUCAGCCUACCUAGCAUAAAGGCUCAGCAUAUUCAAGGGUCUACAACAGGCCGACUAUUUCCACCUAACGUGGAUCGUGGUUCUGGAAGCUCGAACACGCCCCAAACCGCAGGCACGAACAUCACGUCUCUUCCGGUCGGCGCCAGUAACCCAGCCAUGUACGCACAAAACGCUAUGACCGAGAGUCCUAAACCCCUCAGUCCCUCGGGCGCUCAGGGCCACGAUUCCGCCAACAUUAACAGACAACGUUCGCCGAGUUUGACCGCUCAAUUUCAACAGCAACACUUCGGUCGUCAUCAAUCAGACCGACAUACACCUCCAGUACCUGGGUUUUCCGCAGCCGACGCCGUUAGAUACGCCGCCGCAGCGGGAGCUGUUCAGCUCGCUGCCCCGACUUCACAGUCCACGUCCAGCAGUUCAGGUCAAGCAGCAGUCGCGGGGUCCGGGACGACUCAAUCUCAAACGUCUAGCGUGCCCGGCCAAAAUGGCGGGAGUGGUGACAGCUCAACUAACAAUAUAUUCGCGACUGACCAUGGCAUUUGGGCCUACAUCCAUGGCCUUGAGGACCAAGUUAGACAAUUGAACGAACGGGUCCAGACUAUGGAAGCAACGGGGAGGUCUCAGGAAGAUAAGAUUACGUAUCUUACUACUGAGGUGACUACUCUACGGGGCCAAAUUGAGAUGAAGACAGACCCGACCGACAAGAUCAGCUAAGACAAUGCGGUAUCUCAUAAUAGGACUAUGGCAUCAUGUGGUGGGAGGCAUGGUUAAGUUAAGCGCUGGGAUUUAUUAUUACGUAUGCACGAGUACGAUGCAUAUGAGGGAUCUGGAGGUUGCACAUCUUAUUCUUUGCGGUCGCUGCCAAGUCCACUACAGCGGAUAUUUGGCUUAUUAAUAAGGGGGCGUUUUCCGGAGUUACCGGGUGUGUUACAAAAAGCUGGGUUUGUGUUUUGCUGAUAUUCGCCUGAUACUUCGCGCGUUUCCUGAGGUCUUUCGUUCUUGCUUCUGGUGAUAUCCCCUUUUUCGGACCUGGAGCUAGCCGGGUUGGAACACAAGUUUUUCUCAUUUCCAUAGCAUUCGCUUUCGUAUCCAACCGUGUACUAUAUACAAGCGCAGAUAGAUGCCUCGAGGUAGGGCAAAAAAGCAAUCUAUCACUAUUAAUUCGCGA